AUUAAUUGUCCAAUCGUUGUUACCCUCCGCACACAGUUUCACAAUCAUAGACCAAACCUCCCUCCACAGCCUCCGUCCUCCCCGCCGCCACCUCCAAAGUUUCCCUCCAAACCGGCCACCGCGUUCUUCCGAGACGUUAAAGCGAUGAAAGAAGCAGUGGCGGAAGAACCCAUCAAUCCAACUGUCAAGAAUAUACAGAUACUGAUUGUCUCCCUUUUGGAUUCCAUUUCUCGUGUUCAAAUCUUCAAGGGGAAAUGGUCGCUAAUCAGAACCAAAUUAACAGCUUUGGAGACCCAUCUUUUGAAAUUUUCAUCAGCCGCCGGCUAUGUAAACCCGCUUUCAGUGGACCUUUUUCACUCCCUCUCCGCUACCUGCUCGGCGGCGGUCUCUCUUGCGGACAUCUGCCAUUCGCCGACACCUCCGGGCGGAAAGCUCAAGACCCAAAACGAUGUUGAUUCCAUUUCCGCAAAACUCGAUAAUCACAUCAACGAUCUCGAGGUGCUUAACAAAAGCGGGGUUGUCACCGAAAGUGCCGCCGUUUCAUUUCAGGCAACUGUAUCUAAUGUUUCAUCAUCCAGUAAACGGGAGUCGGUCCGGGCUGAAUCCCGGAAUUUGAUGACUCGUCUUCAGAUCGGGUCAGCUGAGUCCAAAAUCUCUGCCCUUGACUCGCUUCUCGGACUAUUACAGGAAGAUGAUAAGAAUGUACUAAUUGCGGUGGCGCAGGGAAUCGUUCCUAUACUCGUGCGUUUACUGGAUUCCAGUUCAUCAGAAAUUAAGGAAAGGACAGUCGCUGCCAUUGCCAAAAUUUCCACAGUCGAUUCGGGCAAGCAUGUUUUACUUGCUGAAGGAUUAGUAUUGCUUAAUCAUUUGCUCCGGGUGCUUGAAUCAGGAAGUGUUUUCGCGAAAGAGAAGUCUUGCAUUGCCCUUCAAGCUUUGAGUCAUUCGAAGGAAAAUGCAAGGGCAAUUGGGUCCAGAGGAGGAAUUACAUCUCUACUAGAAAUUUGUCAGUCUGGGACGCCGAAUUCUCAGGCUAUGUCGGCUGGAGUGUUGCGUAAUUUAGCAGCUUUUCCUGAAGUUAAAGAGCAUUUUAUGGAAGAAGAUGCAGUGGUGACGCUAUUAGCACUGUCUAAUUCGGGUACUGCAUUGGCUCACGAAAAUUCAAUUGGGUGUUUGUGUAAUUUAAUUUCGGGAGAUGAUGACUUGAAGCUGUUUCUUGCCAGAGAAGGUGGAAUUGAGUGUGUGAAAAAUUUCUGGGACUCUGCUCCCACGCCUCGCAAUCUUGAGGUUGUUGUUCAGAUGGUAUCAAUAUUGGCCUCGAGCCCAUUAAUCAGUGAGGUCCUCGUUGCAAAUGGCUUUUUGAAUCAUGUGGUUGGGGUGUUGAACUGUGGGGUUUUAGGAGUGAGAGUUGCAGCUGCAAAUGCAGUGUAUGAUUUGGCUUACAGUGUCAAAACACAGAAAGAAUUGGGAAAAAUGGGUUGCAUUUCGCUUUUGUCAAGAAUGUUAGAUGGUAAGGCGAUUGAGGAGAAAGAGGCUGCUGCAAAAACACUGUCAAAACUUAUGGUUUAUGCUGGGAAUAGGAGAAUGUUUAGAAAGGAGGAGAAGGGGAUCACGAGUGCAGUUAAACUCUUGGAUCCUCUGGUGCUAAAUUUGGACAAGAAGUAUCCUAUUUCGAUUUUAACAUCAAUAGUCCAUUAUAAGAAAUCCAGGAAGCAAAUGGUGGCUACUGGUGCUCGUUCUUAUCUGCAGAAACUAGUCGAGAUGAAUGUUGAUGGUGCUAAGAAGCUUUAUGACAAUCUUGGCAACGGCAAGCUAUGGGGAGUCUUUGCCAGGACUUGAGUUGAUGAACGGUGGUAAAGAUGAAAUUGAAUGCUGUUAAUAUGAAUGUCAAUAAUGUUUCAUUUUCUCUGUAAUUUGAUUUCAUUAGUUUUUACGUUGUUGAUAAGUUUUGUUUAGAAUGCUGUGGUAGAAAAGCAAACAUGAAUAGUCUAGUUGCUGAUAAGAGUUUGUGUUUUUCAGAAUUUUAAUUUCUGGGUUUGGUUACCUAACUUGAUUAGGGGCUUAUGUUUUCCUAACAAAUCCCAAUAAAAUUAAUGAAAAAGUCUUUGCUUUGAACUCA